AAAACAAAAAACAAAAAACAAAACUUGUUUUCAGAGUUUCGCCCUUUCCUUUUCAAGCAGAGCUGAAGCUGCUGAGCUGUUUUGGCCUUUUUUCUUUUUUAAAUCUGAGCUUCCUUUCUCUUUUCCUAUUACUUUCUUGUUGAAUUCUGUUUUCCGGUUGAGAGUAUGUUGAGGUCAGAGAGAAUUAGGAAUUUGAAUGGUUUGAAAUCGGCGUUUGUAGAUUCCAACAAAACCGAUAACAGUAGCAGCGGCGAUGAAGAAUCUGAAGCCUUUUUCUCGGCACUUAUGGAUCUGAAUCUGCCGGACGGCCGUCCUCUAUCAUAUCAGACAGCUGUCACCGGCGGCGGCGGCUCUAUCGUCGGCUCUUAUUCAGUCAAUGCUAAUUCCACUUUUUUUACUACCUCAGCUCUUGUUAGGCAAACCAGCUCCCCUGCUGGAUUUAAUAUAAUGGGAGAAGGAGGAAAGCACAAAGUCGAGAGUGAGGCACAUGAAGGCAUGAGCACCCACUUGAACUUCUCCUCACCAAACAUGCAUGCAAACCAAAACAUGGCAAUGCAUAAUCUCGAAAAUGGCCACUUCAUAAAUGCUAAUAAUAAUUCAAUCGGCCGAGAAUUUGGGGGUGCUUUCUCACAUGACUCGUGGAAUGAUUCCUCUUUCGGCAAUAGCUUGAAAAGGAAUCGAGACGGUAAAAUGAGGGUGUUUUCGGAUUUCAAUGGCUUCGAUAAUCGGAAUACUGAGGAAAGUAGCAAAAGCUCAUCUGGAUUAGUUCACCAUUUGAGCUUGCGGAAAUCAGCAGAAGCUGAAAACCUUUUGAAAUUUCAACCCGAGACAGUGCCUUGUCAAGUUCGUGCCAAAAGAGGUUGCGCCACUCAUCCGAGAAGUAUAGCCGAAAGGAUGAGGCGGACUAGGAUUAGUGAAAAGAUGAAGAAGCUGCAAGAUCUUUUUCCAAAUAUGGACAAGCAAACAAGCACAGCUGACAUGUUGGACUUGGCCGUUGCGUACAUUAAAGACCUCCAGAAUCAAGUCCAGACGCUGACGGACAAGAAGGCAAAGUGCAUUUGUUCAAGUAAACCUCAUAAAGAGUAGUCCUUACUGGAAAGGGUGCUGUGCUGAAUGCUUGCUUGCACCAAAAGUCAACUCUUAUCUGCACAUUUGGAGAAGAAGUUGGAAUGUAGGCUUGUUUGUUGUUUGACAAUGUUGGCAAGAUCUCUAGUAAGGGUGUAAUUCGUUAAUUUAGAUUUUUAGUGUACGGAUUAGGUUGGUUGGAUUAUUUUGUAGUUUUAUGAAUAAUUUGUGAAUAAUGCUUUAGCUUGGUGUAGCUGAUGGUGAUUUUAGAUAGAGGGAGCGUUCGGCAAAAUUU